AAAAAAUUCAAAACUUCCUGCUCGGUGAUGGCCAACCAAAUCUGGCCCUCGAGAAAGGUGGGUCACGUUGCUCCGAUGGCUGCGAGCACACAACACUGCAUUCUCCGAGAUUUUGCAGCCACAGCUCUACAGGCCUGAACAUGGGCCACCUGCACAAGCAUUGGAUUUUGUCCUGCAACAUCUUAAAGGGAGUGGGGUCAUCCAGCUAUAAGAGGCAUGACAUCUCAGUAUAGUGUCACAGACCCCUUGGAAAGUUUUUACCUGGCCCAGCCUGAAGACCUGCUCUACCGGACUGAACACUGAGUAACCUCUGGUUGAUGACAAGGGAAGGCAGAAACAACGGAAUUUCAAGAAUGGCUUCUAAAACAGUAGCCUGGAUUCGAAGCCUGUGGUCUGGAUGCACAUUCCUAGUUUGAAUUUCAGAAGGUGUGGAUCUCAAGCAUCUCCCAGUGAAGGCUGUAGGUCUUUGAUGAAUGGCUUCACAAAAGUCAGAAGUCCCAGCCUGAAGAGAAAUACGUUUCUCAUGUUCUUUCCACCACUUGGUGAUGGCACUCUACAGUCAUUCUAUGAAGCUGGCAUUUUCAUUCCGUUGCAACUAAACUGUUUUUUUAAAAAAAUAUUUUUAAAAUUGAUUUUUUAGAGAAAGAGGGAGAGAGAGAGAGAAACAUUGAUGUGAGAGCUGCCUCCCUCCCUAGGCAUGUGCCUAGAACCUGAAUCGAACCAGCAACCCUUCAGUGCAAUAGACAGUGCCCAACCAACAGCUACACCAGCCAAGGCACCCCUACACAGAUUUUUCAGGAAAGUAGCUGUAGAGGAUGGAGUUACCAUCGCAGUGUCCACACAAAUUCCUAGAGUCCUUUCAAGAUUUAGGGUCAGCAACAAUUCAGUAAGCCAGCUGGGUCCCAUGGUGACCGGUUCUGAAAGAAAUCAUCCCCUUCAGCAGUUACCUAGCACCAUGGCAACCGAGACGUCAGCAAAGCAGGAUAGACCUUGGAACAAAACAGCUCCUACCAGGCUUUCUCCCUGCUACUCUAAUUCAGCCCUGUCUGAGGCCUAGGGAUGGGGUGAAAGACGUGCAGACAGCCACACUCAGGAAAUCCUGUGUAUUUCGGUGACUUUUCCGAAGCGGGCUGUGAGCCAAGGCAAAGGCAGAGGACAGAUAUGAAUGUGUUCCCAAGCUUUCCUGGUGGCUUAUGGCAUUCUCCAAACUCCCAUGUAAGGGCUAUUGCUGACCAAGAAGACCCAAGGAGACUGGCUCUAAGAUCAAGUCCGGAUGGAGAUGAUGUCAACAAUUGAUUUGGUUACACAUUUUGUUCAGUUGAUGCCACUAGAAGAUUGAAUCAGCUUGCCUGGCUAAAACAGAUCCCCAGUGAAAUCUAUAUUUAAUCUUGAAUUAUCCCAGUAGUCACAUUCUGUACCCCCAAAUAACCCAAACUAAGAGGAAAAAAAUGAAUAUGGUUUUUGCUCACAGGAUGGAGAACAGCAAGCCGCCUGUGGUUAUCCCGACUCUUCUGGUGCCCCUCCAAAACCACAGCUGCCCCGACACGGCCACCCCCCGGCCAAGCCAUGACCUGGCGGAAUUACAUGAGGAGCACGGCUGGAUGAGCAACAGAACAGACCCGCAGUAUGGACUGAAACCCGGGGAAGUGGCCACGGCCAGCAUUUUGUUUGGGACCCUGUGGUUGUUUUCUGUCUUCGGCAAUUCCCUGGUUUGUUUGGUCAUCCACAGGAGUCGAAGGACUCAGUCCACCACCAACUACUUUGUGGUCUCCAUGGCGUGUGCCGAUCUGCUCAUCAGCAUCGCCAGCUCGCCGUUCGUCCUGCUGCAGUUCACCACUGGCAAGUGGACACUUGGCAGCGCCCUGUGCAAGAUGGUGCGAUACUUUCAGUAUCUCACCCCGGGCGUCCAGAUCUAUGUCCUCCUCUCCAUCUGCAUAGACCGCUUCUAUACCAUUGUCUAUCCUCUGAGCUUCAAGGUGUCCAGGGAAAAAGCCAAGAAAAUGAUCGCAGCGUCAUGGAUCUUCAACGCAGCCUUUGUGUCCCCCGUGUUCUUUUUCUACGGCUCCAGCUGGGACAAUCAUUGCAAUUAUUUCCUCCCUUCCUCUUGGGAGGGAACUGCCUAUACUGUCAUCCAUUUCUUGGUGGGCUUUGUGAUCCCAUCUGUCCUCAUCAUCUUAUUUUACCAGAAGGUCGUAAAGUAUAUUUGGAGAAUAGGCACUGAUGGCCGAACUGUGAGGAGGACAAUGAACAUUGUCCCAAGGACAAAAGUGAAGACGGUCAAGAUGUUCCUCAUUUUGAACCUAUUGUUUCUGCUCUCCUGGCUGCCUUUUCAUGUGGUUCAGCUGUGGCACCCUGAGGAACGAGACUAUAAGAAAAGUUCCCUUGUGUUCGCAGCAAUCACGUGCAUAUCCUUUAGUUCUUCAGCCUCUAAGCCUACUCUGUAUUCCAUUUAUAAUGCUAGUUUCAGGAGAGGAAUGAAAGAGACCUUUUGCAUGUCCUCGAUGAAAUGUUACCGAAGCAAUGCCUAUACUAUCACAACCAGUUCGAGGAUGGCCAAAAAAAACUACGUGGGGAUUUCAGAAAUCCCUCCCAUGGCCAAAACGAUAACCAAAGACUCAAUCUAUGAUUCCUUUGACAGAGAAGCCAAGGAAAAGAAACUUGCUUGGCCCAUUAACUCAAAUCCACCAAACACUUUUGUCUAAAAUCUCAGAAUUCUUUCGAUUAUUGUUAUGCGCCAGAGAUUAAAAACUUUAA